CGUCGGCUCGCCUGGGGUCGAAGAUGAGCUGGCGGUGGGCUCGCCAGCACUGGAACGGCGGCUCCUCCGUGCUGCUGCUGCUGCCGCUGCUGCUGUGGCACGGCCGGGUCCGGCCGGCCGGCGCCGACAAUACCAGCCAGGCGUACUACACCGCGCUCAUCAACGUGACGGUGCUGAGCCCCGAGCGCGGCGGCCCCACGCUGCUGCGGAUCGACCGUGGCCGCUACGGGCAGGACUCCCCGAAGGUGGAGGUCAAGGGGCUGCUGGUGACUCCCGUCCCCAUCAACGGAGUUGCAGAUCGUCUGGGCUGUGACCCUCGAACACGUUUCCAGGUCCCACCAAAUACCAAGCAGUGGAUUGCUUUACUACAGAGAGGAAACUGUACAUUUAAAGAGAAAAUACUGCGAGCAGCUUCUCAUAAUGCCACAGCUGUGGUCAUUUACAACAAUAUAUCCAGUGAUGAACCUGUCACAAUGACUCAUCAAGGAACUGGAGACAUUGUUGCUGUCAUGAUUACAGAAUCAAAGGUUAAGGAGAUCCUGAAUUACUUGGAGAAGAAUAUCUCUGUCCUGAUGGCCAUAGCAGUGGGGUCCCGUGUUCCUCCGAAGAACUUCAGUCGGGGCUCUCUAGUCUUUGUGUCAAUAUCAUUCAUUGUUUUGAUGAUCAUUUCUUCAGCGUGGUUAAUAUUUUACUUCAUCCAGAAGAUCAGGUACACAAGUGCACGUGACAGAAAUCAGCGUCGUCUUGGAGAUGCUGCCAAGAAAGCCAUUGGUAAAUUGACAACCAGGACAGUAAAGAAGGGUGAUAAGGAAACAGACCCAGACUUUGAUCAUUGUGCUGUCUGCAUUGAGAGUUACAAGCAGAACGAUGUUGUUCGCAUUUUGCCAUGCAAGCAUGUGUUCCACAAAGUCUGUGUGGAUCCAUGGCUCAGUGAGCACUGUACAUGUCCGAUGUGUAAACUGAACAUUUUGAAGGCAUUGGGAAUUGUGCCCAACGUGCCCUGCACAGACAAUGUAGCCUUUGACAUGGAGAGGCUGACGCGGGGGCAGCCGGCGAGCAGGCGCUCGGCUCUCGGCGACUUCGGCACCGACAGCUCGCUCAGCCUGGAGCCCCUGCGCACCUCGGGCAUGUCACAGCUGCCACAGGACGGCGAGCUGACACCCAGGUCAGGAGAGAUCAACAUUGCAGUGACAAGCAGUCACUUCUUCCAUCGUAACUCUCUGUCCCCUCGAAGCCUGGUCUACGAGAGCGAGUUCUCAACCAUCGAGCCUGCCUUGGACAUGUACGACGAGAACAAAACCUGAAAGGAAUCCAUGCUCCUUCCUGGCCCUUUUUCCGUUUUUUUCAUUUCUCAUUCCUGUUGUUGUGUACUCUUUCCAUGGAUCUCCUUUGUCUGAAGAAGAGCUGCUUUUUCCAGAACACGAACCCGCCUUCUCGAUUGCACAGACGAAGACCAGCUGUGAUGGAUUCUGAGGGUGGCAUCUUUGAGCUGACAAAGAGCUGUGCACAAGCAAGGUUGUCUGAUGGAAAUUGCUGAGUAACAGCAUGGGGAGCUGUGUCGGCCCAGCCACGGCGAUGCAGGAGAAGUUUUAUGGUGGCCCUAAGAGUUUGUGCUGAACUGCAAAUGCGUCUCUUACACGGGCGUCUGCUGUUUCCAAGUUUUUGGUUGUCCAGAUGGUUGGUCAGAAAGGGAACUGGUUGUAGAGGAGAUGGCCAGUGACUGGUAAAAGCACUCGUAUAUCUCAGUCAAUCCAUAACCUUACUGUGAAAUAGCCCCUUCUGAGAGGGACCUUUAUAAGUGCAUUGAGUUUCCUACAACCCACUUAACCCCGGACAGUGGCGAGCCAGUCUGACGUUCAACCUCCAGAGAGGACCUGCAUUUGCAGAAAGAUUUCAAGGAA